CAGGCGAAACCUUUCGUCCGUUUCCGCCAGCAGAGCCGUGAUGAUUUCCGACUGCGCCUGAUACCGGCGCCGCGCGUCUUCGGCAGGUUCCGGAAACCCGGAGCUGGCUGAGUACGCUCGGAAGUCUCCGGCACCGGCAGGGCUGGCGCAUAAGGUCGCCCGAGCUUCCGCCGUUGCCAGGCAUGCGGCUGCUCUCUCGGGCUCUUCGCGUGGUGCAAGGCCGCCGGCCCGUCGCCGUGUCACCUCGGAGCCCUCGAGCAGCGCCGGCCGGCUGCAGCGCGGUGGCUCCGUGCCUGCUGCAGGCGCGCCGCAGGCUGAGCGCCCGGCCCAGCUUAGACGAGCUGUUCGCCACCCCCUCCUUACGGCGCCUGCUGGAGGCGCGGGAGCGGGGCGGGGCGGGGCCGGAGCUGGCGGCGCGAAUCCAGCGGCUGCACGACAAGGAGCGGGAGCUGCGGGACACGCGGGAGCUGGCGAGGCAAGAUGAGAGUGAAGAAUUCCAGAAGCUUGCAGAAAAGGAAAUUGCCUCCUGUGAAGAAGAGGUAGCUGCACUGAAACACCAGAUAGUGUUGCUUUUGAUUACUCCAGAAGAAACAGAUGACAGUGAUCUUGUCAUGGAAGUAACCGCUGGAGUUGGAGGGCAGGAAGCCAUGCUGUUCACCUCAGAGAUAUUUGAUAUGUAUCAACGAUAUGCUGCUUAUAAGAAGUGGAAAUUUGAAAUACUAGAAUACUUUCCCAGUGAAAUAGGUGGCCUGAGACAUGCAGUUGCCAGUAUAGCUGGUCUUGAGGCUUACAAGCACAUGAAAUUUGAAGGGGGAGUGCAUCGUGUUCAGCGAGUGCCAAAGACAGAAAAACAAGGGCGCAUUCACACCAGCACAAUGACUGUUGCAAUAUUACCCCAACCCACUGAGAUGAGGCUGCAAAUUAAUCCAAAAGAUCUACGGAUAGAAACAAAGCGAGCCAGUGGAGCUGGAGGCCAGCAUGUCAAUACCACAGACAGUGCUGUAAGGAUAGUCCAUAUCCCAACAGGGAUUGUGUCUGAAUGUCAGCAAGAGAGAUCACAAAUUAGAAACAAAGAGAAGGCAAUGCAGAUGCUAUAUGCCAAACUAUACAGCGCUAAACUGGAAGAAGAAACCAAGAAAAGAAACAGUGUUCGAAAAAUUCAAAUUGGCACAAAAGGAAGAUCGGAGAAGAUCAGAACAUACAACUUCCCACAGGACCGGAUUACUGACCACAGGAUAAGCAGAUCAGUGCAUCAUAUUGAGUCUUUCAUGCUAGGGGAAGAAAUGCUAGAUGAAAUGAUACAAACUCUGAGCUCAUAUGCUGAUUAUGAAUCUUUAAUGGAAGUUAUUUCAGAAACUGAAAAAAACAAUCUAUCCUGAGUGUGGCUUUUUGUCAUCCCAUUACAACAAGUGUAGACUUUCGUCUGCAAAGUGGUUUCUUGGAGCUUCACCUAGAAAAUACAACUGCCUUUUGGAUCAUGAAAGACACCACAACUUGGUUCCACGUGCCUGAUAAAGCAGUUUUCUUGCUUGCUGAGAAAAAGAUGUUAGUACCUUUAUAUGAGACAUUAUUGCUGCAGCAGUCCACUUGAAAAGUAAAUCUGACAGAAGAAAGUGCAGUUCUUAAAUUUCUGCAUUGAGAAGACACUGAUACACCACUCCUGAAAGGUAUGCAUUAAAAAUGAGCUAGUUCUAGUUGUCAUUUAAACAAGUUUGAACUUCAGUUCAAACUGAAUCACUUUACUUCAGAGAACAAAAAAAUCCUAUUUUGAGUGACUCUAAGAGAGUGUUAAAUAAACUACUCCACUACUUAUCUUCAGGUUUCUUAAUUGCUUAUAUGUGGCAUGGGAGAGGGCAUCAAAGUGUGUCUUCUUCAUGGUAUUAUGGCCUUUUGGCUCUCAGUAAUAAAGACAGAAAUUUCUUAGGAAUAUCCUGUGUUCCAAAAGAACCCCAAAGAAAGCUGUGGAAGCCAAGCAUCAAGUUGUAUGAAUUGUUUUUCAAAAGGCUGUUUCUGCUAUUCAGUCAAAAGUGAAAAUUAUUGUUGCAAUGUUGUUUGACUGAUAUUUCAAUCUCUAUUUGGCUUCAGGUCAGUGUUUCUUAUGUUUUUAAUUGACUUUCCAGUUUAUUGAUUUUUCUUAAAGUUGGACAUGAAGAGCAUCUCAGUGAUUUUGUCUGUUUUAACAGCAUCUUAAAACAUUGGAUCUAUGAAAGCAGAUUAAAACUUUAACCUUUCUAAUCUACUGA